AUGCUCGAGGUCGGCAGCCGGUCCGGGCGCGCGGAGCAGCGGCCGUGCGACCGCGAGCUGGCCUGGCGUCCCCGCGGCGGCCGCGCUGUGACAAUGGAGGCCAUGUUAGCGCGACUAAAACACCUGAAUCCAGAUGACCUUAGAGAAGAGAUUGUCAGAGCUGGCCUGAAGUGUGGGCCCAUCACAGCAACCACCCGGUUUGUGUUUGAGAAGAAGUUGGCUCAGGCUUUGCUGGAGCAGGGCGGGGCGCUGCCUUCCUCCCUCCCCACCCAAGCUGGCCUGCACAUACCCAGCACACUGACCUCUGCUUCAGGCAGCCCUGCUAUGCAGGGCAAUUACUCUGAAGACAGAGAUUUUGGUUACAAUGUGGGCUUGAACCCCCCAGAGGAGGAGGAGGAGGCUGUGAUGUCUGAGGCCUGCCCAGUGCCUCUUAGUGCUUCAACCAGGGUCACCUCCAGUAAGGCUGGAGAGACAGUUGCCAAGGAACCAGCCCUGUACUAUGGCGUGUGCCCGGUGUAUGAAGAUGGCCCUGUGAGAAACGAAAGAAUCCAUGUUUAUGAAGAUAAAAAGGAAGCAUUGCAAGCUGUCAAAAUGAUCAAAGGGUCCCGGUUUAAAGCUUUUCCAACCAGAGAAGAUGCUGAGAAAUUUGCUAGAGGAAUUUGCGAUUAUUUUCCUUCUCCAAGCAGAGCCUCGUCCCCACUGUCCCCUGUGAAGGUGGCUCCACUUUUCAGCAGUGGUGGGUGGAAAGAUGGUUUGUGCUUCUCUGAGUCAGAAACAAUAAACAAAGAUGGAGCAAACAGUUAUAAAAACCCCCGCGUACAGGAUCUCACCUCUAAGCUGCGGAAAGCUGUGGAGCAGGGAGAAGAAAAGGCUUUCUCUGACCUCAUCUGGAGCAACCCCCGGUACCUGAUUGGCUCAGGGGAUACUCCGACCAUUGUACAGGAAGGAUGUAGGUACAAUGUUAUGCAUGUCGCUGCCAAGGAGAACCAGGCUUCUAUCUGCCAGCUAAUACUGGAGACUCUGGAAAACCCUGAGUUCAUGCAGCUUAUGUACCCGGAUGAUGACGUGGACAUGCUGCAGGACCGUAUCCGCUUCCUGGUGGACCUGUAUCUGAACACUCCUGACAAGAUGGGGUAUGACACACCACUGCAUUUUGCUUGUAAGUUUGGACAUGUGGAUGUGGUCAAUGUGCUUUCUUCACACCCUUUGAUUGAGAAAAAACCAAAGAAUAAAUAUGACAAAACACCCGAAGAGAGUGCACAUGACCACCUGGUUUGUUUGACGUUUUCCCCAUUGCUCACCAGUCCUGGACACAGCCAAAGAGCAGGAGCCAGAUGCUCACCCAUCUCUCUUCCAGGUCACUACUAUGUGCCACUUCUGAGAGCAGAUGACACCUCUUCUCCUGUCAUUGGGGAGCUGUGGUCCUCAGACCAGACAGCUGAGGUGUCCCCUUCUAGCCGCUAUGGAGCUGACCCUCGGGACCCCAUGCUGACCGUGAGAGCCUUCGCGGGGCCCCUGAGUCCAGCCAAGGCAGAAGAUUUUCGAAAACUCUGGAAAACACCACCUCGAGAGAAAGCAGGCUUCUUCCACAGUGUCAGGAAGUCUGACCCGGAAAGAGGCAUUGAGAGAGUAGGAAGGGAGCUUGCUCAUGAGCUGAAGAUUCCCUGGGCAGAAUACUGGGAAUUUCUGGGCUGUUUUGUGGAUCUGUCUUCCCAGGAGGGCCUGCAAAGACUAGAAGAGUAUCUUACUCAACAGGAAAUGGGCAAAAAAGCACAACAGGAAGCAGAAGAAAAUGAAGCCUGCCUCCAAGACAAAGCCUUUGCCUCUGGCCAUGAGAAGCAGUGCUGCAACUCUGUUUCCGUGGGGGCAUUUCUAGAUGGGGAUGGUGAUGCGAGCGUGGAAGAAAUGAAAAAUCAACAGAACGCAGCUCAACGCCAUAGCCAGCCUGCGGCUGAUGCUUUCAAGAACUUGGAGCCUGGUGCUAAGGCAGACGGUGUGGGAUUCUCAGGCCCAUGCAGCCCAGCCCCAAAUGGGCUCUGCUGUCCGCCGACUCCCAGCCAGGCCCUGUGUGGGAAACCAGAGGCCCCUGGAACAGAGCAAGCCCUUCUGUCCUGUGUCUCUGGCUUGAUGGUUGAGUUUGAUAAACUGAAUUUGCAAAAUCAAGGUGAUAGCCUUCCCAAGACACCAAAUACAGAUAAGAAAACUAAAGAUAAGAGAAAGAACACAAUAGAAAAUGAUUGGUUGACACCUGCCCUUGCUGCAGACAAGCUUGGAAAUAACCAGACAGGGGCAGAAAGUGAUGUGUCAGCUGUGAUGGCUAUGAUGUCCUUGAAUUCCAAGUCCCAGGCUGUGUCAGGCCCUGUGACCAACCCGACCAACAGGCCCUUCCUUUGUGGAGAGGAGCCAUGCAAGCUGGACCAGGAUGUUCUGGCAGCUCUGCAGGGCGUGGAUGUCGACCCUGGUCAGUACCCGGCUCUGCAUCGAUGGAGGAGUGCUGUCCUGUGCUACUUGCCUGCAGAUAGGCAGAGUUGGUCAAGCCCUGCACUGAAAGGAAAGCUCAAGUGCCAACUGCCAGACCUCAGCGUCCCCCACAGCAGCAGACCAGGGCGAAGGGCUCCAGCUGUUGGCAGCCCCGGAAGGCCUGGUCACUCCCCUGGUUCCCCUGGUCUGGGCAGCCCAGGGCCUUACAGCCCAGUGCACGGGCGCCUCCUGCGCCGCACAGGGUUCCCCGGCACCCAGCUCACAGUCCUGUAGAGGACACGCAUUCCCUCCUUUGUUUCAAAGGAAGAGGGAGAUGUGCUUAUUGGGAAGAUUUCAAGAUUUUCUAAGUAAGGUACAACCUGCACUUUCAGGGCACAGGGAUUUUAGAAAUGCAAAUAUUCUACAUAGAAGUAAAAAUCAGUGAUGGCAUAUAGAAGAAGCUGUCAGUAACCACCUGAACUACAGAUCUUGUGUACUGUCCAUGUGGCAGUGACUUCAGGUGCAGUCAGUGGUUUUGCCUGCAGUGCCCCCCCCGACUCCACCCAGGAUCCACACAUGGAUGGGCUGCAUUCAGCCGCCUUCUCCCCGACCAGCUUGAGAGGAUGCUGAUGGCACCUGUGGCUUCCCACCUGUUGGUAGUGGAGAGCAGAUGAACUUAACUGUUGCAUUCUCAGGGUUGGAAACUUUACUGACCAGAAGAAGCUGGGGGUGGGUGCCGCACACCUGUGAUCCUCGCAGUUGGGAGGGUGAGAUAGGAGGCUCACCAUAUGUCUCAGGCCAGCCUGGGCUACACACCAUUCAAGGCCAUUCUGGACUGCAUAGCAAGACCCUGUCUCUCAAAAACAAGACAAAAGAGCAUCGUGCCACUUCUGAGAGUCAGUUGUGAGUCAUUUCCACCCCUCUAGCCUUCUCCCAGGCACUGGCCCUGGGGAGUAUUGGGGGUGUCGCUGUGUGCCUGCUGCCCUGUUCCCUGGGGGAGAGUCGUCUGGGACACUGAGGUCUGGUGCAGAAGAAGCCCCACACCCACCCCACCUUAGCCAGCCCAGUGCCUUCUGUCAGUUAGGAUUUUCCAGAAUUUAAUGCUUGAGAAUAUAAAAUGAUAGUGCAAAAAAGACUUUUUCUUUCAUAAAAGUUUUGAAUUGAAACGUGCUUUUUAAAAGCUUAUUUCUUGUGAUGAACGGGUCAAACAUACUGGAAUUGAGAGUUCAUCCUUAAAACUCACAUUUUGUUUUCAUUUGCUGUGUAGCAGACAGGAUCUGAAUGUAAGACAGAAAUAGUUGUCAUUCUAAGAACAAUUGCAUUUUUAAAAGCCUCUUCCUCAGAACAUGGAGAUUAUACUUAGAGAUGAUCUCUUUGAAUUAUUACCUUGUCUUGUAUGUUGUUGUAAAUACAUACAUAGCAGUUAAAAUACUGUUCUUGCCUUGGUUUUGUAAAUGCCCAUUCUGUGAAGGUAGGCCUCUUUGGACAGUUUUCUGCUUUCGCAAGAUAGGGCAGUACAUAUUCCCCUAAACACUGUGUUAUCUGGGUGGUGUUUUCUUUUAAAACCGCUUUGCGGAAUAAAUUAUUUUUACACCAUAUUCUCACAAAACACCCUCACUUGUGUCUGGGCAUAAGCCCCUUUUUAAUAAACCUGGGGCAAUAUUUUGA